AUGCAAAAAAAACAAGAGUAUACUUUGAAUACUCAGCAAAAUAAGAAAGCAACAAAACGAAUUAUUGCAGAAGUGAUCAUUGCUAUUAUACUCAUAGCACCAGCUAUAGUAUUAUGUGUUGGUUGGCGAAAAUUAAUUAUCAGGCUUAUUCUUCAAAAUGUUGAACUUAAACCAAAUUCAGUUGGUUUUCAGACAUGGCUACAUCCACCGACUACUAUUACACGAGGUUAUCAUCUUUUUAAUAUAACUAAUCCUACCGAAAUUGUUACCAAUGCUACUUUGACAACAAUCAAUUUGAAAGAAACGCGAGCUUAUUCAUAUUCAUUAUCAGCUACAAAACAAGAUAUUCAAUGGUCAAAUGAUAAUAAAUCAAUUAACUAUUCAAUUCAUCGAUUAUUUACUCGUCAUCCAACGCGAUUUGAUCCAUCAUCAGUUAAUGAUACAGGUGUAUUUGUUGAUUUAGUUCGAGCUAUCUUUCGAACAAGCUUUGGUCAUAAACCAUCGCAAGCAUUUUAUGCUUUGACUGGCAUGAAUACAUUUUAUUAUAGAAAUGCUGUUGAACAAUUAGAAGGUUUUAAUUCAGAUCUAUUUGAAACAGUCCGAGAGAAAAUGACUGGACCAAAUACAAAUAAAACAGGAUUUAUUUAUCGAUAUAAUGGUAGUCGAUCAUACAAUUAUACAAUCAAAUCAGGUUUAAUGGAAAAAGGUCAAGUGCUUGCGUUUGCCAGUGAAAAUGCUCCAUUUUCAUUUUCAUCGCCAACUCCUUAUGGCAUUCCAAUUUAUGAUGGUUUAACAUUUGUACCGAUGCUUUUCAAUAAACCAUCAUUGAAUAUUUUUCAAGCUGACUUUUGUCGUCCACUUCAUGUUAAAUUUAAUAGAGUUCUGUCUAUGUUUGGAGGUAUCGACGUUCAUGAAUAUGUUAUAAAGUUAGUUGAUCUGAAUCAAUGCACAUAUCCAAAUGAUACCAAUACAUGUCCUGAACUUGAUAAGCUCGAUAUUUCUCAAUGUAUAUCUGAUUCACUUCCAAACAAUACAGUCUUUCUAUCGAAACCCCAUUUUUAUGGAAUAAGUAAUGAAACACGUGCAGAAAUGAAUAUUGAAGGAUUUACACCGACACGUGAAGAACAUGAAGCAUUGAUUUAUUUUGAACCUUAUUCUGGCACACCACUUCGUGCUCAUCAUCGCCUUCAACUUAAUAUUAAUGCAACGAUUGAUCCAAUGAAAAUGUCAGACUAUGGAUCUGAACUAACACCAACAGGACGUAAAUCUGUCAAACGUUUGUUACCUCUCGUGUGGAUUGAUCAAGAAGUUAAUGUUAAUGAUAAAGUUAUUAGUAUGUUAAGAUGGGUUCAUCUUGCUUUACGUUAUGGACAGGCGAUUAUCAUGGUGCUAGCUAUUGCUCUAGCUAUCAUUAUUAUUGUUAUUGUGGAAGUUAUAGCUAGACGAAAGACAAAUAAUUCAAGAAUGCAACGAGAUGGUAAUCCAAAAUCAGACUUGUUAAUUUCGAAAUAA